GUCAAUUUGUCAUUUACCGUUAUCAUAUUGUCAUUAACAGCUGAUGUUUGGAAUGAAUUUUGGAAUCCAAAUGUGAUAUUUCUGAUAAUAUUGCUAAAGAUUUGAAGCUUCCUGAAAUAUUGCAGGCGUAUAAAGCUCCAACAUGUCGGAACUACUAAAAGUAGGCAGAAGGGUCGAAGUCUCAGGCAAGGGGGUACAAGGUAUAAUAGCUUACAUAGGAAAAACCAACUUUGCCCAAGGAAGCUGGAUAGGUAUUAUCCUAGAUGAACCCAAAGGAAAGAAUAAUGGUACAGUUGGUGGACAUGAGUAUUUUAAGUGUGAUGAGAACUAUGGAACAUUUGUCAAAGAACAACAUGUUGUACCACUGGAUGAUAAUGGAAAGCCUAUUGAAAAAGCAGCCAAGGAACCACCACCAUCUAAGAUAGCAAGAAGUAGACAGUCUAUGCCUGGAACGAAACCAAAGCCCACAACUAUCAGGAGAAAAACCUCACCACAAAAAAGACCUCCUUCUCUUUCUGCCUCAAGCUCCAGGAUGUCAUUGGCAAGCAGUCGUCAAUCUUUAGUUGGAAGUAGGCAGUCUUUGUCAGGCAGCCGGCAGUCUCUGAGUGGUAGUAGGAGUCAUCUUGCAUCGCCAUCAAUUGAAAAACUAAAUGUAGAACAACCUGAAGCAGCUCCAUCAGUUUUAAAAAGAGCUUCUUUUGUAGAGACUGGCUUUGUGGAGACAUUGAAGCCACAGUUCACCCCUGGUCAGUCUCUUACUACCCCUACACCCAUUACUUCAGUUGAGGAAAAGAUUUCCAAUUUGCAAUUGCAACAAGAAUUGGAGAAUAGAAGUCAGCAGAUCAAAGAUCUUUCAGAAAAGUUGGAAACACUCAAACUGAAGAGACAAGACGACAAAGAAAAACUCAAGGAUUAUGACAAGUUGAAGAUACAGUUGGAGCAACUAAUUGAGUUCAAAUCAAAGAUAAUGAGUACUCAGGCCAGCCUCCAAAGAGAUAUUCAGAAGGCAAAACAGGAAGCAAAGGAGGCCAUUGAAGCCAAAGAGGCUCAUGCAGAAGAGGUUGCAGAUUUAGCAGAGGCUGUAGAAAUGGCAACUUUGGACAGAGAGAUGGCUGAAGAAAAAGCAGAAUCGCUACAAUUAGAACUGGAAAUGUGCAAGGAAAAGUUGGAAGAGGUGACACUAGAUUUGGAAAUUUUGAAAGCUGAAAUGCAGGAAAAAGGCGGCACCUCAGCGUCUGGCGAAGGUCAAGUAUCGGCUUAUGAAAUGAAGCAACUUCAACAACAAAAUGCGCGAUUGAGAGAAACGCUUGUAAGACUCAGAGAUCUCUCUGCCCAUGAUAAACACGAGUAUCAGAAAUUGCUGAAAGAUGUUGAUCAGAAGAAAUCUGAGAUUACAGAGCUUGGAAAGACAAAAGAAAAACUCAGUGCUAGGGUGGAAGAAAUGGAACAGCAGAUUGCUGACUUACAAGAACAGGUAGAUGCUGCUUUAGGUGCAGAAGAAAUGGUGGUUAUAUUAGGUGAGCAAAAACUCACUCUGGAAGAAAAAGUAGCACAACUACAGGAUGAGGUAGCUGAAUUAGAAGCAUUACAAGAUAUGAAUGACCAGUUAGUGGAAAGUAAUGCUGAACUUGAGGCCGAUUUACGUGAAGAGCUCGAUAUGGCUCACGCGGCUACGCGAGAGGCGCUCAGAGAUAGAGACGCGGCAUUGGAAACCAUUGCUGAUCGUGAGCAGACAAUCAGCAAAUUCAGGAAUCUAGUGCAUCAGCUACAAGAACAAUCUUUAGAAUUGCAGAAGAGAUUAGAAAAGGAAACUAGCCGUCCUGUAUCUGCACUUCCUGAAAUUGCAGACUUCAAGAAAAUGUUUGCUGAAACUAAAGCGCACACCAAAGCUGUGGAUCUUGAGUUGAGAAGGGUUGAAGCUCAACAACUCCAACACCAUAUCAAAUAUCUUACAGCGUUUAUGCCCGAAUCAUUUAUGACAAGAGGAGGUGACCACGAUGCUAUACUCACCCUGUUACUUAUUCCACGGCUGAUUCAUAAAACUGAAAUACUAUUGGGGCAAAUCAAGGACAAAUUUGCACAAAUUUCAAAGGUGGAUAGAGCAACAAUCUUGAAAGGACAUUCAUUUGAACAAUAUGCUUUCAGAUGUAGGAUGUCUUACUACAUCUACACUCUUGAGGCAAUCUUGCACCAAUAUAAUUUCUCAUUGAACACCUGCAAACCAGAGACGCUUCUGAAAGUUGGCUCGAAUUAUCCAGAGAUGGCAGCACAGGAGAAAAUCAUCGAUGGAUUUGUAGAGCUAUUAAAACGUGAUCAGUUAGAUGAGAAUGUGCCUACUGACUCUUUGGAAAAGUGUGUUGGUUAUUUUAAUAAUCUAUUUCCAGUACUUUUUGGUACAGAAUGCAAACUGAAUCAGACACAACUGCUUAGUGAUUAUGUUAAAGGUCUAUUAUCUGUAGUUGACGGAUUUAACCUCGAAGCUACUGCUAUUAGGUGCCUAAUUGAGACAGCAAAUGUAGGAGACAUUGGCCUUUUGGCGCAACAUGUCAUGACUACAGCAGAACAACUGCACCCACAGUUGAAGUCGAUCAAAAGAAAAUUGCCGCCUGAUGUGAAUGCAUCAAACUUAGGCUUCAAUAGGGAAAUAUUCGAAAACAUGUACCAGUGCUACCAACAGUCUGGAAAGAUUGUUAAAACUCUGCAUGACAUCGUUAAAGGAACUGUACAGUCUUUGACCACAGAUGGAGAUGUAGAAAAAGGCAUAAGUCAAGACAAAAUCAAAGAUAUCGCAAUCAAUUCUAGUGAUAAAAUAUACGAACAAGAUGAUCUAGGCCCAGUGCAAAGUAUUAAGAAUUCUCUGACGCUUAUUGUUAGUCAAAUUUCGGAUGUAGCCAAGUACCUGCAAGACAACGAAUAUGAAAUAAGUAUGGCUAAUAAGAAAGAAGAAAAGCCUGUACCACCAAUCAAUGUGCGUGCUGAUACAGUGAAGAAGGAACUAGAACAGACAAAGACCCUUACCAGCAAACUGGAAAACAAAGAAUCUGAUAUCAAGGAACUACGUAAGGUACUGAAGGAGAAACAAGAGCAACUUUCAGAGAUGACAAUCAGGAAAGAGCUGGCAGAAAAGAAACUAGGAAAUGUUAACAAGGAUUAUGAAUUGACUAUAGAGAAACUGCAAAGAAAAUUGGAAGAAGCACAUAAUAACUAUAAAAAGAAAGAGAAGGAAUUUGAGGAGACAUUGGAUCAUUUACAAACUGAUAUCGAUUCUUUGGAGAACGAGAAAGGCGAGAUGAAAGAGAAAUUGAAAUUGUUGUCUAAGAAAGCGCAGAUUGAAGUUUCUCUACCUAAGAGCAUUUCAGGGUCCCAGUUAUCAUCUCUACAAUCAAUUGGACCGACUUUGCCGGCUGUUGUCAAAGAUUCGCCAUUGCUAAUGCAAGAGAUUGAUAAUUUGAAAAGACUGUUCCACCAAGAAAGGAAUGAGAGGAUUAAACUCCAAAAUCAGAAAGUUAAGGAGCAACUGGAUACUUUAACGCCUUUACCAUCUUUCAAAAAUGAUAGAGAUGAAGUUCUUGAAAACUUGUUCAAAGAAGGUGCUACUUUGAAAAAGGAAAUACUGUCGGCAUUAACGAAAUCAUCCUUCCCGCCAAUGUACAAAGUCAAGCCUGGAAACGGUGCUGAGGCUUGGAGACGUCACUUCUUAGAAGAAAGAGAUAGGAUAUUGAGUUUGAAGCUGAAGGCAGUACAGUUUCAAGCUAAAGUAGCCGCCGAAACUAUUAAGAGGAAGCGUGGUGGAAAAAUUGAGGCUGACUUCACCAUAUUUCCCACUAAGGAAAUGGCAAAAGCGCUGACUGAAACUAAAUCAGUGAAGGUUGGAUAUCUAAAGAUUCCAAAGUCUUGCUUGCCAACUAAUGAAAAACCUAGGAUUGUCAACCUAGAGCUGGACUUUGAAAAUCUACAGAAGAUCUUGAAAACGCUUUUACAAUAAUUAGCACAGGUGCAUUUUUCAUUGAAUUGCACAGAAUAAAAGAAUAUACUUAACUAUUAAGAUUUAUAUAUUGUUUUUUUUAUUAAAUUAUUAAGAAUUGUAGAUUGUAAAGAUUGGUCAUAAUUCUGAAAAACUUGGAUUUUAUCGUUUUUCCUGUUUAUAUUUUGCUUUUUAUGUACUGGGUAUCCAGGAUAAAAUUUCCCUUUUUAAAGGCUAAUAAAAAAUUGUCUUGAAGUUUUAAAAUUAAUUUAUUGAAGCAAAAAUACACAAUAUAGACGGAUUUCAUGUUUUAAAAAUUAUAUUGUCGUGGUGCGUUCCAUUUCGGUCGAAGCACUCUUGCAUUGCCGUCUUCAUUAAUUAAAAACUGCUAAACAUAA